UCCGAUCUCAUCGAUUCCUACCUCUCUCUCUCUCUCUCUCUCUCAUCAGUUCUUCUCCAUCGAUUGAAGUCUGUGUCCGUGAGCCACCAUGUACAAACUCACUGCGCUGUUGGUGCUACUAUGCGCUGCUUGCCACACAAGUUUAUCUGCUCCUACUGAUGGUCUAUUACCGAAUGGCAACUUCGAGUAUGGCCCUAAACCGUCACAAAUGAAAGGUACGGUGGUAACAGCUCACAAUGCCAUUCCCAACUGGGAAACCUCAGGCUACGUUGAGUACAUAAAAUCCGGCCACAAGCAAGGCGACAUGCUGCUGGUGGUUCCCCAGGGUGGCUUCGCCAUCAGGCUAGGGAACGACGCCUCAAUCAAGCAGAAGAUCAAGGUGACCAAAGGCGGCUUCUACUCCAUAACGUUCAGUGCGGCUCGUACAUGUGCGCAGGAGGAGACAUUGAACAUUUCAGUCAAUCCCAACCUUGAGAAACAGGACUUUGGCAUAUUUCCGGUUCAGACCAUGUACAGCAGCAACGGGUGGGAUUCAUAUGCUUGGGGCUUUAAUGUUGAUGCUGCUGAAAUUGAGCUAACCAUCCAUAACCCGGGGGUGGAGGAGGAUCCGGCUUGUGGCCCGCUUAUCGAUUCGGUUGCUUUGAAGGUCUUGGAGAUUCCUAAACGUACUAGAGCCAACUUGUUGAAGAAUGGCAACUUCGAAGAAGGACCUUAUGUGUUUCCCAACACAUCAUGGGGUGUCCUCAUCCCACCCCACAUCGAAGAUGACCACAGUCCACUACCAGGCUGGAUCAUCGAAUCCCUCAAGGCCGUUAAAUACAUCGACUCCAAGCACUACACCGUCCCCGAAGGCCGAAGAGCCAUUGAGCUCGUCGCCGGAAAAGAGAGCGCAUUGGCCCAAGUGGUCCUCACCAAGCCCGGCAGGCGCUACGCCCUCACAUUCUCUGUCGGCGACGGCAACAACGGCUGCGAAGGCUCCCUCGUUAUCGAGGCAUUUGCCGGCAAGGAGACAGUGAAGGUUCCCUACGAGUCCAAAGGCAAAGGAGGGUUCAAGAAGGCCAGGCUGCUAUUCACCGCCGCGUCGCCGCGCACACGUAUCAUGUUUCUGAGCACGUUCUAUACCAUGACGAGCGAUCACUCCGGCUCUCUGUGUGGUCCGGUUAUCGAUGAUGUCAAGUUGCUCAGCAUUCGCGGACGACGUGUUUGAUUGAUGCUUAUGGAAGUUAGUUUUGUGAGAUCCAGAUGAUAAAGACGAUGAAAAUGUGCUUGCUUUGCUUGAGCUAGCCUUUUCAAUUAGCUGUUAAUUAAUAUAAUACUUAUAUUAUAUAGGGGUUUAUUUACGUACGUUCUUGUAAUAGGAGAAAUUAAGAUGUGUAGUUUGAGUUUGGAUUAUGAUUGUUGGCCUCAAUUAGGUCUAAAAUUUGUGGCAUCAAUUUUAAGUGUCAUGUCAUGUCACCUAUACACAUUACAUAUUUGUCAAA